CAAAGGCGCGCACUAUCCCCGCGGAGGGCCAGCUCCCACUCCGUCCCCUCUGCCCCCCAAUGCCGCGGAGCUCGUCGUCUCUCGAGAUCGGGUGACGCCCUUCUUCAGAUCGACUGCGAGCUGCGCAAUCUUCUGAUCUUUUCUGAUCUCCUCCUCCCUCCUCGAUCUCGUCGGAGGUGUUCUGAAUGAUUCCGCGACCGCAGAGUCCGUAGAAUCUUGCGACAGUGGCUGCGGCUGCGAAUUGAGGUGGCUACGCGAGGCGAUGGCGUCGUAGGAGUUGGGCCGAGAGCGGAGCGUGGACUGUCUGAGCUCGGGAUAGGGACGGGAGCUCGAGGCGUUGCUGCUGGUUGAGCUGCUGGUGGUUUUUUUCGCUCGGUGAAAAUGGGCAAAGAGAUUUCGUUGGACUGUCUGCGAGAUCCCCUCGGCGCCGUCGAGACUCUCUUCAACGGCGCGAGCUCCAAAGUUUCUCGCGUGAGUGAACUCGCACGAUGGGAUUGGGGUGUCAAAGAUUUCUUCGAGAAGUUCCUGCAGCAGGACGGAGUCUACUCUCAGGUUCCUGAAAUCAAUUCGACUCCACUCAGCGCCAUACCUUCCAACACUCUAGUGCGCUUCAGGGGAAUGGUCCAGGACAUGUUGGAGAAUGAGUUCUUCAUCGGUUGCUACAAGAACGGUGAAAGCAUACGCACUACUAAGUACACCGAUAGUGUUAGCCCAGAUUUCUGCACGCCUGGGAGGGACAGUGUGGAGCUAUGGGAGCGACGUAUACUGUACUGUGUUCCGGUUCCAGGCGAAAAUCAUUGGGUUAAAGACGCUUUCGCGUGUACAAAGUGGGAUCACCCUAGCACCCAGUCAAGGAGGUCGAGUAGCCUGACCAGUCAAGCAGAAAAGAGACAACGCGACGAAGGAGAUUCGAGCUCUAGCCCUGAUGUGGAGAUGGAUUCUUCUUCUAUCGUCGAGUCUUCUGACGUGAAACGUCGGAGAGAGGAGUGUACAACAAGCUGGAGCGAUGACAGAACAUCUGGUUUGAAUAUGAAUUUUCCUCUGGGGGAGACCUCCUUUGGACCGAUUCCACUCCGACCAUGCAUUGUGAAGGUUUAUGACAACGCGGACUCGGACAUUAUGCUGAAUGAUGUGAUCGAGUUCAUAGGGAUAUUUACCUUCGAUCCAGAGCUCUCCGCCAACAGCUUUUCUAAUUCUGAGGCUGAUUCGGACCCGUUUAUGGAGGCUGAUCUUUGUUCGCGUCUUCCUCAAAGCCAGGUUCCACGAAUCCACUGUGUGACUUCACGUAAAUUGACUGCAAACAACAUGAUUUCUAUUAUACCGGAACUAAGGCAGAAGCAAGCUCAGAUCAUCGCAAACCCGGGAGCUGUUAUGACCCUGAGGGAAACCAUACUCAGCGGAUUAGCGAAUUUGUUGAAGGGAGACAGCCUGGCUGCUGAGUAUCUUCUGCUACACUUACUUUCUCAGAUUCACAAACGAGUUGACACGAUCGUUCUUGGAACUCUUCCUCUCAACAUCGUCAUAAAAGCAUCUCCCGAGAAUUCGACUCUCCCGUCACAAAUAGCUGAAGCAGUCGGAGCUCUUCUCCCCUGUUCGCACUUCCUACCUCUGUCUUGUGAACAUCUCAACAAAGGGCCUUGGGCUCCACGAAAGGAUUACGAUCAGAACAGGCUAGCGACGGGAGUAUUACAGCUUGCAGCUGGUACGCACUUGACACUGGAUCUUACAUCCAUGACCGAGGGAAAGCUCAAUACAACUGGAGUUGAAAACUUGUCCACUCUGAGAAAGAUGAUGCAAUUUCAGACGGUCAAUUAUGACUUCAAGUUCCAUCCAAUUGAGAUUGCAACGGACAUCUCUGUGCUCGUAACUUCAAACUCAGUUGCAGGAGCUCGCAAUUUUCUACCAACUGAUAUCUGCGUGGUCCUCGUCCCGAGCGCGGACUCGUCUGCGAUCAUCGAAGACGAGUCUCUUGCUAACUUGAGACUGUACUUGAGUGCCGCUAGAAACUUAGAAUAUAACCAAGACACAAGCCUCAACCCGGUGUUGGAGAAUGAUCUAGUAGAAUGUAUGCAGAAACAACGAAGCAUCGAUGUCGAGACAUUUCACAGAUGGCUGACGUUGUCAAGACUGCUCACUUUGAGUCACGGUGAAUCCCAAUUAAAAAUCGAGCAUUGGAAAAAGGUUCUUGAAAUGGAGAAGCUUCGUGUCGCGAGAAUGUCCCACUAAAGUACCAGAGGAAACCAUCGAACCAAUCUUUAGUGGAACUGUCGAGAAUGAUCUGCAAACUAGCAAGAGCAAUUUUUGUGCGUUCACGCAUGCAAUUCUGCAUCCGCACAUUUACCUCCAUCCGGCCUUCGUCAGCGAGAAAUCGUGAAUCUGUGAAGCGAGUUCUCUCGAAUUCUCAGGCAGUUCAAAACCUUUGUAAAUAUAGGAAGAUCUUGCAAUCGAAAUGCAGACACGUGGAAGAAAACCUGUGAUACUCGAGACACUCCGCUGCCCCUACUAGUCUAAAGCUCCGAACGCCUUCAAAGAUGAAAAACUUGGCUACACUGCUUGAAGCUAGACGAGGAAUUCGGAUCGGAGCUCGCCGGGAAUUUGUGUUUAGGAAGUAGCAGAUGGAUUAGGCAGCUGUCACCUCGUAGCUGCUGUCAGGUUAGGAUCCAUGUAAUUGGUGAUUGCACGACAGCUGAACAAUGUAAACACAUAUUAAUUUAUUUGUGACGCAGAAUCCAAUCUGAGACUUCUAUUGCUGU